UGCUGCCUGUCAUCAAAACCCGGAAAGAGAGGAUAAGUUGUUGCGCACAAUGGUGUCACUACUCUGACAGAUGUUACACUUCACCCGGGACUGUUUCUUCACUUUUCUUAGCGAAACCUCGACGUAACGCUCACAAACAGCGCGUCAACGUGUUGGUUUAAAUUAAGUCAAAAACGAAAGUUAAACAAGUGAGUAGGCCCCGCGGAGCCUCGGCUGAGAGACGGACAACAUGGAGGACGAGGACAUGUCGCAGGAGCCUCUGCAGCAGGAGCUCAGCUGUCCUGUGUGUGCGCGGUUCUUUGAGGACCCGUACCUGCUGCCCUGCAGCCACAGCUUCUGUAAGGAGUGCCUCGACAAGACCUCGCAGCGCCAACGGAAGUGUCCCGUGUGCCGCGCGGAGUUCAAGGAAGAAGGCGCCGUCCCCAAUCGGGCGCUCAGCAACGCCAGCGAGGUUUACCGCAGACAGUUAGACUGGUGGCGGGGGUACGAGCGUCCGGGAGCGGACAUCUGCAGGAUCCACCUGAAGCCGCUGGAGCUGUUCUGUGAGAAGGACGAGGAGCCGGUGUGCGUGGACUGUGUCAUUCAGCACCAAACACACACGCUGUGGCCACUGAGGACGGCAACGUCGCUCUGUCAGAAGCAGCUCACUGACAAAGUUGACAUUCUUGAAAGGAAGAAGGAAUCAUACAAGAAAAUGACACACAAACUCAGCAGCACAGUGGAAUACAUCAAGCAUCAAGCUCAGCAAGCAGAGAAUCAGAUUAAGGCGGAGUUUCAGAGGCUCCGCGAAUUCCUCAACAAAGAAGAACUUCUGCGUUUGAAAGCUGUGGCUACUGAGGGAGAGCAGAAGAUCGCUGACACUGAGAAGCUGAACGCCAGAACAAAGGCACACAUUGUGGCUCUGACUGAGCUCAUUGACAACGUGAAGAAGGAGCAGGGCAAUGAGGAGCUGACCUUCCUGCUGAAUUUCAAGAAUUUAAAAAACAAAGCUCAGUGGAUGCAUGAAGACCCUCGACUCCCUGAAGACUCGCUUUUGAACAUGGCCAGCCAUGUUGGUUCUUUGAGCUUCAAAAUCUGGAAGGAUAUGCAAUCCCACGUCAAAUACUAUCCAGUGGUGCUGGACCCGAGCACAGCCUGUCCGUGGCUGUCACUGAGCGAUGACCUGACCAGUAUGAAGGAGAGCUCAGAGCGGCUGACCAGCCCAGACAACCCAGAGCGCUUUGAUCCCUGUGUCUUUGUCCUGGGCGCCGAAGGUUACACCUCUGGAAAACACAAAUGGGACGUUGCCGUUGGUGACAGCACCAAGUGGAUUGUGGGAGUCUGUAAAGAGUCCCUGGCUCGCAAAAAGAAGUUCACGGUGUCUACGACCCGUGGUGUGUGGUCCAUAUGCCUCAGCAAAGGGAUGUACUACGCCUUAACCCCCGAGCGUACAGAGCUACAGGUGCAGCCGUGUCCCAAAAAGAUCCGCAUCAGGUUAAACAUAGAUAAGGGAGAAGUGUCGUUUUGGGAUGGAGAAAACGAAAAACAUCUCAUCACUUUUACACACAAAUUUAAUGAGAAGAUGUUUCCCAUUUUUGGGCCCGGGCUCGGUCGUGAACCUAUGAUUCUGCUGCCAGGGAAAAUGGCUGUGCACACAUCAUGAUGGGCCAGCAGUGGAGUGGUGGUUGUGAAAAUAGGAAUAUCCCUUUUAAAUAAUAAGCCUUUUAAAAACAGGAUAAACUUAGCAGCUCUUGUCCUCAUGUCGUCCUUCACAACAUCCACCAAAAAGUCUGUGGUCUUUUUCAUCCUUUCUCCAAUAUAAUCACUGUCCCUCUUCUGCACAUGGCCAAACCACCUCAGCCUGAGCUGUCCCUCCAAUAUGCUCCUUUUUAAUCCUGACGCUCCUGGUCACUCCCAAACAAAAUCUCCGUAUCUUCCACUCUGCCUCCUCUCGCAAUUCCAGAGUCACAGAAAUGAAUGAAUGAGCUCACUGAUGUAGGCGGCCGUGAGCUCAUUCAUUCAUUUCCUGUGUGCGGUUUAAGAUUAAGAGGUAACAAUGUUGUUGACUUAAGAAGGUUUGAUUUAUCAAUGGCUAUUUGUUUUUCGCUGUCGUGUCUUUACUUCAUACAACCAUAUUUAGAUGAUAUUAUUGAAAGUAAGAGAAGUUGAAGACAAAGUAAGUAUACUUAUUGUUUUAUGUGCAAUCAUCUGAUAUGAAUUUUUUUCCCGCCAUUUUGCACUACCAUGUUUUUACAGUACAAACUAAAUGUCCUUUGAGCUUUGAUGCUAACUGAAGUAGCAUCUCCAACACACUUGGAAGGGAAUGAUGAGGUGAGGGAUAUUCAGCAGCAACCUUUAAAAAUCCUUAAUAACUACAACUGGAGCACUACAUGUGUUUCAGAGUCUUACAGUAAUGUAUCUUGAAUACAUACAGUACAUACAUACAGGAGUCAUAUUUCAAUAUUGAAUGAUAUUUGUGCUUUUCACUGCUUUUAGAUGCUUUUGUUGCUUGUCUCCAAACAGUGUAGCCCUCUGUACUGACUCAUUGGUUGUAUAAUAAUUGUGUAGAUUAUUGCUCGUCCCUCACCACAGUGCAUGUGUAAGUGCAUCCAGGAUGUUGUCAUUUUCAGCAGGGCACAACAACACUUUGAAGGAUGACAUCCUUAUUAUGAACUGCUUUUAAUCACGAAACUUAACAUACUUCAUUAAAUCUGAAAGAAAUA